AUGGCAAAACAUCAUCCGGAUUUGAUUUUUUGUCGAAAACAGCCUGGAGUAGCUAUUGGAAGGCUUUGUGAAAAAUGUGAUGGUAAAUGUGUUAUAUGUGAUUCGUAUGUAAGGCCCUGUACCUUAGUUCGUAUUUGUGACGAAUGUAAUUAUGGGUCAUAUCAAGGAAGAUGCGUUAUUUGUGGGGGGCCCGGAGUUUCGGAUGCUUACUAUUGUAAAGAAUGUACCAUACAAGAAAAAGAUAGAGAUGGUUGCCCUAAAAUUGUUAAUUUAGGAAGUUCUAAAACGGACUUAUUUUAUGAAAGAAAGAAAUAUGGUUUUAAGAGAAGAUAA